AUGCCACAUCGUGGUCGUUUAAAUGUUCUUAGUAAUGUAAUUCGAAGACCUAAUGAAUCUGUUUUCUCUGAUUUUGGUGGCACGGCUGAACCGGGCGAAGAAGGUUCUGGUGAUGUAAAAUAUCAUUUGGGGAUGAACUUUGACCGACCAACACCUUCUGGUAAACGAGUUCAUCUUUCACUUGCAGCGAAUCCAUCACACUUGGAAGCUGUAGAUCCAGUUGUGCUGGGAAAAACACGAGCCAUUCAGUUUUACAUGAACGAUGAGAAGGAUCGACAUCGCGCAAUGGCUGUUUUAAUACACGGGGAUGCUGCGUUUGCAGCACAAGGAGUUGUCUAUGAAACUAUGGGAUUCCACGACCUACCGAAUUAUACCACGGGUGGAACUGUUCAUAUUAUUGUGAAUAAUCAGAUAGGGUUCACUACUGAUCCUCGAUUCUCGCGCUCUACGCCGUAUUGUUCAGAUAUAGCCAAGAUGGUCAGUGCACCAAUAUUUCAUGUUAAUGCUGACGAUGUUGAGGCGGUGAAUUUCGUGUGUCAAGUUGCAGCUGAAUGGCGUCAAAAAUUCAAAAAGGAUGUGAUCGUUGAUCUUGUGGGCUAUCGUAAGCACGGUCACAAUGAAGUGGAUCAACCAAGUUUCACACAUCCCAGAAUGUAUAAACAAAUUGGCAAGCAGACACCUAUACUUGAAAAGUAUAUUCAGGCACUUUUGAAAGAUGGCACAUUCACUGAAGAAGAAAUUAAGAAUCACAAAAAAUGGAUUUGGGAUACUUUGGAAGAUAGUUAUGCAAAAAGCAAAGAUUACAAGCCAACUAGCCGCGAAUGGCUAUCGAGCUCAUGGCAUGGUUUCAAAUCGCCAAAGGAAAUAGCAGAACUGACGAUGCCUGUUUAUCCAACUGGUGCAGCAACAGAAUCACUUAAACAUGUUGGUCAAAUGAUUAGUUCUUAUCCGAAGAAUUUUAAUGUUCAUCCAGCUCUCGGUCGUAUACUAAAAGCGCGUGAUAAAUCUAUUACAGAAGGGCAAAAUAUUGAUUGGGCAACUGCAGAGGGUCUCGCGUUCGGAUCCUUGCUCUUGGAACACAAACAUGUUCGCCUGUCCGGUCAAGAUGUAGAACGGGGGACAUUUUCUCAACGUCACGCUGUUCUGCAUGACCAAGUAACUGAAUACCAAUAUGUGCCCCUCAAUGAUUUAGGUGUUGGACAAGCAGCGCAUUUCACCGUAUGCAAUUCAUCACUUUCCGAAUAUGGAAUACUUGGAUUCGAAUUGGGUUAUUCAUUAGUUAAUCCAAAUUCACUUGUAUUAUGGGAAGCUCAAUUCGGUGAUUUCGCCAACAAUGCACAAUGUAUCAUUGAUCAAUUCAUUGCGUCUGGUGAAAAGAAAUGGCUUCAACGUACUGGCUUGGUGUGUUUAUUACCACACGGUUACGAUGGACAGGGACCUGAACAUUCUAGUGGACGUAUUGAACGUUUCUUACAGCUGUGUGAUGACCAUCCUUAUGUAUUUCCUUCACCCGAAAAGGUGGCACGCCAACAUCAGGAUUGUAAUAUGCAAGUAGUCUAUUGCUCAACCCCCGCAAACUAUUUCCAUGCAUUGAGAAGACAGAUUCAUCGGGACUUUAGAAAACCUCUUAUUGUCUUCACCUCAAAACUUCUCUUACGUCAUCCAAUGGCUCGUUCUUCUCUGGAAGAAAUGUCCGGAGAUACUUACUUCCAACGCUACAUCCCUGAUCCACAUCCUGAAAAUCUGGCAUCCCCCGAGAAAAUUACACGUCACGUUUUUUGCACUGGACAAGUUUACUACGCACUCCUCAAAGCUCGAAACCUAAACAACAUGGAUCACGUUGCAAUUUCACGCCUAGAACAAAUAAAUCCGUUCCCGUAUGAUUUAAUUGCCAAUCAUAUUGAUAAAUAUCCAAAUGCACAGAUUAUAUGGGCACAAGAAGAACCAUUGAAUGGAGGCGCAUUUGCUUAUAUUGCGCCAAGGAUUCGCACAGUGGCUAAUCACACUAAAUAUCAUCAAGGUAAGGCAGCAAAACCAGCAACUCGUCCUCCUGCAGCCUCACCCUCGACAGGCAAUAAAAAGAUUCACAUUCAAGAAGAGCAAGAUGUAUUAUCGGAGGCAUUAAUAGGACAGGUUGUAAGACCACAAAAAAUAGAUAAUGGGGUGCCGAUUUGGAGUUAA